GAGUCUCAGCGUUCCUGAAGGCUGCCGGCUCCUUAGUAAAUCCCAAGGCCCCCGCUGGUUCCGGAUUUACUUGUUACAAUGGAAGAAGCACCUAAAAAUGUUAUUCUAAAAUAUAAUUGUGGGGUUCAGCAAGAUGGCUCAGGAGGCAUGCCUGUUGACCUCAGUGUGACCCCAAGAACCUAUGUAGCAGAAGCUGGAUGCAGUAGCACACAUCUGUGAUGUCAGCAUUCCUAUGCCCAGACAGGAGCAGAAAAAAGAGAAACACCCAAAAGCUUUCAAACUGCUAACCUGGAGUAUUCAGCAGAGCAGCAUUAAACUAGAGACUGCUUCAACAAGGUUUUCUUUUAGUUUGAACACACCACAUGUCACAUCUUUUUUCCAGUGUAAAUUACUUCAUACCACAUUGUCAAGGAAAGGACUAGAAGAAUUUUUUGAUGACCCAAAGAAUUGGGGGGAAGAAAAGGUCAAAUCUGGAGCUUCAUGGACCUGCCAGCAGCUAAGGAACAAAAGUAAUGAAGACUUACAUAAACUUUGGUAUGUCCUUCUGAAGGAAAGAAACAUGCUUCUAACUCUAGAGCAGGAGGCCAAGAGACAGAUAUUGCCAAUGCCAAGUCCAGAGCGGUUACAAAAGGUUGUUGACUCCAUGGAUGCCUUAGAUAAAGUUGUCCAGGAGAGGGAAGAUGCGCUAAGGCUUCUUCAGACUGGUCAAGAAAAAGCAAGACCUGGUGCUUGGAGAAGGGACAUCUUCGGACGAAUUAUCUGGCACAAAUUCAAGCAGUGGCCUCUACCUUGGUACCUAAAUAAAAGAUACAACAGGAAACGCUUCUUUGCAAUGCCUUAUGUGGAUCACUUUGUCAGAUUGAGACUUGAGAAACAUGCCCGAAUUGAAGCAAGAAAGAAAAGUUUACAGAAAAAGAAAGAAAAAUUUCUUCAGGCCAAGUUCCCACAUCUCUCUCAAGACCAGAAGUCAAGUACUGUCUAAGAUGAGAUCCAGAAGUCCAGUUGUUCUUACGGCAGUCUGUGUCCUGACAUGACUAUGUCAAGCAGUGAUAAAGAAAUGCUCCUAUUCAAAUGACAUGAGUUGUUCUUGGGGAUAACAUAGCAUGUUAAUUAACUCUGGAAGUGCUGCUGCUUCUAAUAAAAACAGGCAGAGUUCAGGUUCAGUUUCCACCGAACAGGUCCUGACAUCUAAGCAGGCUUAAUACCACCUGGCAUCUUUGCACAAAUCUGAUGCUAGCUGCCAGUAAUGCUAGCACCGAAGUCAGUUUGUGGAUGCUGUUUUCACCAUUACUGUUGGGGGGGUGGGGGGCUGGAAAGAUGCCUUAAUGGUUAAGAGCAUUAGU